AUGGCCGAACAUGUAGACAGCAACCAACUUAAUGAUGAUGUUCGUUAUCGGUUCGAAUAUUUAUCGAAAUUUUUAAGCUUUACAUCCGAUGAUAUAACUAUGCUUAAUGAUUUUGCAUUAAUACUCUCUCCCCGUAUUCCCGUUAUUACAGAUACUGUUUAUAGAAAAUUAUUUUCGUUCGAUAUAACAAAACAUUAUUUUAUUAUGCGUAAUCAUGAUUUUGACCAUUCGUCGACAAGUCAUGAAAAAAAUUUAACAUUAGAAUCUGCACAAAUGACAUUUCGUAAGGAUAUGUUAAGUAAGUAUUUAAAACGUAUAUUUACAGAAAAAGAAUGGAAUGAUACAUUUCUUCAAUAUCUUUUUCAAAUUGGACGCAUACACACAAAUCAAGCUGGUUUAACGUCAAUUAAUGUUGAUUAUAUCCAUAUAAAUGCUUUACUUGGUUAUUUAGAAAGUUCAUUAAUAGAGAUUAUACUGAAUGCAGAAAAUCUCGAUGAAAUAACCAAGCGUGCUAUGAUACUUGCAAUUAACAAAUUGUUUUGGAUUCAAAAUGACUUUUUCUCAAUGAAUUUUCUAGCAGAAUCGAAAAAUAAUUCAUCAGCACGAGAUAAAAAUAUAAAAACUCCGCCAUCGUGUUGUUUAUUGAGUUGA